GAAGCAAUAUAGCGGGUUAAAUAGCAACGCCGAAAAAAAACACCUUUGCCGCUCCUAAAAAAUGUCUGACAAUCCAAUGAAUCCAUGGCAGCCUCUUUUCCAAAAUGUCCAAAAAUUCUCGAUUUGCAUCCAAACCCAUCUCUUCAAGUUCAUCGACCAUCACAGUCAUCACCCAUCUCCCCCAAAAGAGAAUCCACUCUUUUCUCUCCAUUCUUCCACAUCAUCCAAAGUUAGCCCAAUAAACCAUGGCUCCACCGUUGUCCACGCUCCGGACUCUCUUUCCAACAACAAGGAAAAAGCUACUGCACCUGUGACUAAAGAGGAGCUUGGAAGAGCCACUUGGACUUUUCUUCACACUCUUGCUGCACAGUAUCCUGAAAAACCAACACGGCAACAAAAGAAGGAUGUAAAAGAACUGAUGGCAAUAUUAACUCGGAUGUAUCCUUGCAAGGAGUGUGCAGAUCACUUCAAGGAAGUUCUUAGAGCAAAUCCCGUACAGGCUGGUUCUCAUGCUGAGUUCUCCCGGUGGCUGUGUCACGCGCACAAUGUUGUCAACAGAAGCCUUGGUAAACUGGUAGUCCCCUGUGAGAGAGUUGAUGCAAGGUGGGGCAAGAUGGACUGUGAGCAUCGUGCCUGUGAUCUGCAAGGGACUACUACAAGCUUUGGUGAUUGAACACUUUAGAAUAACUGUCUUGAAUAUCUUGAUUACAACUGUUUUAUAUGCUUUGUACAUUAUUUUUUUGAUGUAUUCUAGUGUUGUAAACCAUACCAAUUUAAAUUAUAAUAACAAGGAUUCCGUAAUGCAUUCAUGU